AUGGACACUAGUGCUGUGUUCCUUGGCCCCGUCGACCUUUUGACAAAUUGUGGUGCCCUAGAUGUCGUUAUUAUUGGGUCGAUGGGUUUGUUUGGAUCCUCCUCGAAUAUGGCUCCACGGAGCUGGACCGUACGUAUGCAUGAGGAAACGCAACUCGACGAGAGGAAAAUCCGGCCGGCUACAGCAACCCACCAUCUCACCAAUUCCAAGCAAGCUCUCAAGAUUCUAAUUCCAGCAUCAACUUUUCUUCAGCCGCUACCAGAUCUCAAGUUGCCGGUCAACAUUUUGGACCAAUUCUCAACUACCACCACCACACCAGUUAACUUCCCGUGGAUCGACAUAACAUCACGUCACAGCACCGACAAGGGAAAAAAAAAAUCAUCAAAAAUGUCUUCCAUCCAGCUUUCUUUCUCUCUCCGCGUUUCCUCGGGCAUCAAGACCGUCCACUUGCUCGGUUCGUGGGACAACUACGUCGGCCAGCUCCCUCUUUCCAAGGACAGGACCUCGUCCAAGUCGGGUUCGUGGAAGGGCAUCUUCAAGUUCCAGGGCUCCACCCUUGAGCCCGGCCAGCGCUACUGGUACUACUACAUCAUUGACGGCUACCACGUCGCCCACAACCCCAGCGUCGCCUUCACCGUCGAGCCCACCACCGGUCGCUCCCUCAACAUCCUCGACGUCCCCUCCGACGGCAAGUCCUCCAAGUCGUCCUCCAAGUCGUCGUCUCAGAAGACCUCCUCGCGUCACCAGUCCUCGUCCAAGGAGAAGGAGCGGUCCCGUGAGCACCGGUCGUCGCGCUCCACCCGCACCUCUUCGCUCUCCGUCGAUAUCCCCAAGGGCCGCCCCCUGUCCAUCUCCCAGAUCAAGGCGCCCAAGCCCAUGUCGCCGCACGCCACCCGCCACAUCCUGGAUGCCGACUACUGCGACGAGGAGGCCCUGGAGGAGCUGACUGCCCGCUUCGGCUCGGCCGGCUUCGACGAGGAGGACAUCAUCACCGACUUCAGCAACUCCCCCGUCUCGUCGACCGGCUCGUCCCUGUCGUACCGCUCCGACAGCUCCAGCCCUUCGUCCUCGCUGUCGGGCUACUCGACCCCCAGCUCCGACUGCAGCUCGUGCACGUGCGAGCGCUACGGGAUCACCCGCAAGGGCGAGCGCGUCAAGAUCGACUGCGGUGGCGAACGCUGCGGCUACGGCGACGACACUUCCAGCUGUUCCUCCGCCACCUCCGACAGCGAGGAAGACGGCGAGGAGUAUGAGGCCGCCCCGCGGAAGCCCGUGGCUGCCACCUCGCGCCGCAAUGGCAUCGUCGUGCUCGGCAGCUGGCACGCGCGAUGGGGAAGGCUGGCGAGCUGGAUCUCGCAGCCCUCCCCCUUCGGCGUUGCCAUAGAAGCCGCCCUCGUUCCACAAGUGGGUCGAUGCUGCGACCCCGCCGCGCCGUUCGGGUCCGUAUCGGCCGUCGACGGGACGCCGAUAUGGAGAGGGGCGAAGCCGGCCACCCGGCCACCCGACGACGCGACGACUUUCGUUUCGUUUGUCGAUUCCCCCCGGAUAACAACCGAGCUUUUCUGCGUCGCUCACGCUUCCCCUUUCACUUUGGUUCUCUCAACUCCACUCACGUGCUUGGAUGAUCAAACGCAUUUGAAGCUCAAUCGUUCACACACGGCCGGCCUCCCUAGAGAUGAGGACUUGCGACCUGGCCUUGGACAGGACGAUAUAGGCAAAUGUCCAAGCAAGCCGGUCAGAAUACACAAAGGCAGAAGGGUCAAUGGACCGACAGGGAUUGUUCUAAAAAUGAGUAUCUUGGAGUGUUUCGACCAGAAACUCGACUGCACUUUCCACCGGGCACAGCGCACCGUGAAGAUCAACUUUUACGUUGAGGGGCAGCAACCACGACUGGGGGAGAAUUACAACGUCACAGCUCCAGCUCUCAGCGGGGUAAAGUUGGCCUCCCAACCCAAGUCGCAGGAGCACCUCAGUUGGAAGGGCAACACCAACGACCGCGUUUUAUCUCCUCCAAUCUCUCUUAAAACAUCGAAAUUGGCCGGACAGGAAGAAACAUAUUAUUGGCACUGUCUCCCUCCUCUUUUACCCCUGACCUCUAAUGUCGGUCAAGCAAACUAUCAUCUAAAUCUUGAAGCAGACGCCAAGAUUUAA